AUGAGCACAAACAGCACACAGCAUACGGAUAUCCCCACGCUCGACUCGUUUCCAGAGACGGGCGUGCCGAAGCACGCGAAACUCGGGGGCUACGAGCUGUACAGGAGCCUCGGCUCGCCCCAGCGCAUCGUCGCACCGAUGGUCGACCAGUCGGAGCUGGCAUGGCGCGUACUCAGCCGUCGGUAUGGCUCGCAGCUCGUGUAUACCCCCAUGAUCAACGCCAAGGUGUACGUCCAAAAAAACAAAGGUGCACACCGCGUCCGGGAGGCGUACUUUAACCAGGCGCUGAACGAAGAAGGGGCGCACACACUCAAGCUCGGCGAAAAUUCCGACUCGGACCGGCCGCUGAUUGUGCAGUUCUGCGCAAACGACCCGGCGGCGCUGCUCGAGGCGGCGCAGAGCGUGCAGGACAAGUGCGACGCCGUCGACCUGAACCUCGGCUGCCCUCAGCAGAUUGCCAAGCGCGGCCACUUUGGUGCAUUUCUGCAGGAGGACUGGCACCUGAUCUUUUCACUGAUCAACACGCUGCACCGUGAGCUCAAGGUUCCCGUCACGGCCAAGUUUCGUGUAUACGACUCGCUGGAAAAGACGCUGGCGUACGCCAAAAUGAUUGAGCGUGCCGGGGCGCAGAUGGUCACGGUGCACGGCCGCACACGCGAGAUGAAAGGACACAAGACCGGCCUCGCAGACUGGGCCAAGAUCAAGGCGGUAAAAGAGGCACUGUCUGUGCCUGUCUUUGCGAACGGCAACAUGCUCUUUCCCCAGGACUGGCGCGACUGUAUCGCAUUUACGGGGUGCGACGGCGUGAUGAGUGCCGAGGGAAACCUGUACAAUCCGACGCUUUUUCACGACCUAGAGCCCGACCUCGCGUCGCUGGCCGUACAGGGCAAGGACCACUCAGCGUUUGACGCGCUCCGCAUCGCGCGCAUCGCACACGAAUACCUCGACAUUGUCGCGGGCCUGCGCACGCCGACCGCAAGCAGCGCGCUCAAAGGGCACAUGUUUAAAAUUACACGCCCUGCACUCACAAUCCAUACCGACCUCCGCCCGGUGCUCGGCAAAGCACGCAGCGACGAAGAGGCAGAAGGCGAGGCGCGCGUCGUCGAGUACCGCGCGUUUGUACACGAGCUCGAACGCCGCCUGAAAGACGACGAGGCCAAGGCAGAGUACUACGAGCGCCAGCAAGGCGUACCGCGGUACUAUGUCACGCCUGCGCACCUCCAGGACGCACACGACCGGACGACGCGCCCGGAAUACAUUCCGCACUGGUACCUGCAGCCCUACUUCCGCCCUCCGCUGAACCCCCCGAAGGAAAAAGGGGAGCAGUCCAAGGAGGGAGAUGCUACGUCAAAGCAGGAGCCCGUGGCGUCGUCUACCGAGGCGGCGGCCGACGCGCCCAGCGCACCGCACGCCUCGGAGCCGCCGUCCAAAAAAUCCAAAGUAGCUGUAUAG